AUGGCGUUUCAUUUGACUCAGUCUCAGCGUUUGCAGCUGGUCAUCUCUAUCUCCUUCUGCUUCUUUGUCGCGGAAAUUUCCGUUGGAUUCUACACCCGUUCUCUGGCCCUUGUGGCAGAUGCAUUCCACUAUCUAAAUGAUCUCAUCGGAUUCAUCGUUGCUUUUGCUGCUUUGCAGAUAUCCGCAAAGAAAGAUUCUCCCAGCGACCUAUCCUUUGGCUGGCAGCGAUCCAGACUUCUGGGUGCCUUUUUCAACGGCGUUUUCCUUCUGGCGCUAGGUGUCAGCAUAUUUCUACAAUCCAUCGAGCGAUUCAUCUCAAUUGAGAUCGUGGAACAACCGAAGCUCGUCCUCAUUAUUGGAUGCGUCGGCCUUGCACUCAACAUCAUCAGUGCUUGUUUCCUCCACGAACAUGGCCAUGAUCACGGGCAUUCACAUGGAAAUUCGCACAGCGAAGAAUCAAGAGCCACAGAGACUGGCACCGUCGAAAACACGGAAGAUGGAACCCAGCAGGUGUUUACCGUGCACGAAAACCAUCGCCACAACAACCUACAACCAUCCAAGAAGGGUUACGAUCUCGGUAUGCUGGGCGUCUUGAUCCAUGUCAUGGGCGAUGCAGCCAACAAUAUCGGCGUCAUCAUCUCGGCCCUGGUGAUCUGGCUCACUUCCUAUCCCGCUCGCUACUACGCGGACCCUGCUGUCAGCAUGGCAAUUGCCAUAAUUAUCCUUACAACUUCAAUUCCGUUGGAAUUAUCUCGCAUAGUGAGGAACUCUGGGAUAAUUCUGCUCGAAAGCGUCCCUGCCGGCAUCAGUCUCGAAGACAUUCGACAUGAUCUACAAAUGAUCCCCGGUGUUCUAUCUGUCCACGAACUACAUGUCUGGCGUUUGAAUCAAGAAAAGGCCCUAGCCUCCGUCCACGUCACCAUCUCGAAUGAUACCAUUACCGAAUUUGUGCAGAUAGCAAAGACAAUGGGUGAUUGCUUCCAUAGCUAUGGUGUUCACUCGGCCACUGUGCAACCGGAACUUCCAUCGCCUUCUGCCUGGAUACCUUCAGAGACUGAAGCUCGAGAGAAAUGGCCAAAGGCUUGCCAAGUCAAAUGCGGUGCCUCUUGUGAGACUUUGACUUGCUGUGGAUAG